ACAUUACAACCAUGACGCAAACAAAAAUAUUAUUUUAUAGAAAUCAAAAAGGCGGUCCCAGCAAUGUAAUUCUUCACAAAAGCGAAUGGAAUCGACUGAAGAAGCAGGGUGGGCCUCCGGAGAAACCUGCGCAACUUCAAAAUGAAUCUUACUUGAACGCUCUGAUAGAGAAGUCUCAAGGAUGGAUCAAAACUUGGCCCGAUACUGUGCAAGGUUGUAUAGCGCUGCGAGGAAAACAAAAGGAAAAACGGCGAGCUCAGGAAAUUGCUAAUGCAGAAGCAUUCUCAAAGAAAGAACUUAAAAACACAAAACACUUGAAAGAAGCCAUCGAAAAAGCGAGACAAAAGAUAUUCGAUGAAAGCUGCUACGGCAAAAAGCUCAUAAGCGCUCUCCGUGAAUCUAAAACACUGGAAGAAAGAGAAGCACAAAUCAAAUUCAAGAAAGAAAUAAAGGAGAAAGAAUCUAAACUAGAAGAGAAAAAGUCAAAAUCUGUGAAGUUCUGUACAUUCGAUUUGGACAAAAAUGCCGAUGCUGCUAAAGACAAACAGAAAUGUGUCACAAUAGAAACUUCCAAAAUGAAUAAAGAAAUGCAUGACAAGCUGAAAGAAGAUCAAGCUCAAGCUAAGGAACAAGAAAGAUUAUCAGCCCUAAAUGACGCGCUACAGAUGAAGUUCCUUCUUAUCCGUGAGCAGGAAGCCGAGGAUAAAAUUAAGCUCCUAGAAAAGCAAGCCCUAGAACAAUUUGUAGCUGAAGACAAGAAGACAAAAGAAGAACGCGCUAAAUGGGAAGCUGAAUAUUAUGCUAAAAUUGAAGCCUGUCGCCAACACCAAGAAGAAUUGAAUUGUAAAAUAAGACAAGUUCAUCUACGGAUGAACAAAAAGAACCAAGAGUCAGAAUUAUUCAAAAAGACUUUCGAAGCUAUCAAGAAAUGUAAAGAAGAAGAGAACAAACGUUUAGAUGACUUUUUAGAAAAAAGUAUUGCAAAAGGAGAACAAAGAGCUGCUAAAAGCGAUCGUAAAGUCAAAGACAAAAUAAUACAAGACCGCAAAAAUAAAAUGUCGAUUGCUGAGGUCAACAAAACUAUGAAUGAAUAUGUAAAACAAAUGGAAUGCAGCCCCAAGUGCUUUUGUGAACGACAGUGUAUUAUUACUAAAUCUGAUAUACCACCUGUUUUGAAGAAAAGACAGGCGGAAAUCAAAUCGGAAAAUAAAGUAACUACAUCAUACUUCGCUCCAAGCAACAAGUUAGUAGAUGCUUUACGCAAACGCGAACAGGAACCAAAGCCGUGGACCGGCGCGGACGCAGCUCACGUGCUUUUUAUGAGAAAUGCCGUCCGAACUCUGCAGGACUCCAAGUACAAGCUACCCGCGAAGAAAGUUGUUGAUGUUGGAAUACAGAAAAUAUAA